AUGAUUGUUAGCUGGAACAUCAUAGGGCUUAAUAAAAGAGCUAGAGCUAUUGAGGUUGGAGCCCACCUCAGGUAUUUGCAUGCUAGCAUUGUUGUUCUUCUUGAAACUAGGGUUAAGAAUAAGAACUCAGAUUCAGUUAGAAAUAAACUUGCUAAAAAUUGGAACUAUUUGGAUAACUACAAAGAUCAUGAUAAUGGGAGGAUCUGGGUCCUAUGGAAUCCACAACUGUGGGAUAUUAGAUCUAUCAGCUCUACUGACCAAGUUAUUCACAGUGAAGUUUAUCAUCAAGAUGGGAACUUCUCCCACUAUUUGUCAGCCAUAUAUGCUCAUAACCAGUUGAGUAAAAGGAGGGAGCUAUGGGAUAAUAUCAAAGAUGUAAGUAAAGGUAUGAAAGGUCCUUGGAUUAUUAUUGGAGACUUCAAUAAUGUCCUUAAAGUACAUGAUAGAGUUGGAGGAAAUGAGGUUCACCCUAAUGAAUAUGUGGAGCUGGGGACUAUGAUGGAAGAAACUGACCUCACUGAACAUGAAACUACAAGGUGUAAAGAUAGUAAUAUUGAAAUUCUACACCCUCAAAUAUCUGACCACUCUCCUCUGCAACUUCAACUGAAAAUCCACAACAAGGAGCUGAUUAAAAAAAAGCACAGAUUCAAAUUCCCCAACUGCAUUACUAAUGACCCAGAUUAUGAGGAGGUAGUGAGAACUAGCUGGAAUCAACAUAUUCAUGGUAAACCCAUGUAUAGAGUUUGGCAGAAGCUAAAGUUUGGCAUCAAUAGGAAAUAUAAUCAUACUGCCCACAAGAUUCAAGAGAGUAGGAAAAAUCUGGAAGCAGCUCAGAACAUGUUAAAGAAUGACUUAUUUAAUCAGGAGCUAAUUAGGAAGGUCAAGCAAUUAUCUGAAGAACUCAUACAGCAGUGUGAUAUUGAGGAAAAAAUCUUGAAGCAGAAAUCAAAUAUUGAUUGGCUGAAAUUAGGGGACGACAACAGUAAAUACUUCUAUGCUAAUUUGAGGGAGAAGAAUAAAAAGACAUCUCUGAGCAAGUUGGAGGAUAGCUAUGGUAAUAAAAUGAUUACUUUUGAUGAUAUGGAAAAGGAAAUUUUGCAAUUCUAUGGUGACCUGAUUGGACACAAUACUAGUAAACUGGUACAAGUGGACAUUGAGGUGCUGAGAAGAGGCAAGCAAAUUUCUCAUGAGAGUGCAGACCUUUUGAUAAAACCUGUUACUGAUGAGGAAAUUUGGAUGGCCUUGCAAAAUAUUGAUGACCACAAAGCCCCCGGAAUAGAUGGAUAUAAUGCAAAAAAAUUUAAAGCUAGCUGGGCAAUCAUUAAGAGUGAUGUAAUUUCUGCAAUCAAGGAUUUCUUUUGCUACAAUAGAAUGCUUGCUACAGUCAACUGCUCUCUGGUAACACUUAUUCCAAAGAAACAAGAGGAAAAAACAGUUCGUGAUCUAAGGCCUAUUGCUUGUUGCUCAACCCUGUACAAGAUCCUAUUUUUAUGUGGAUCUUUCAACCGAAGAGCCUCGUCUUUCUUCGUCCAGUCUGGUUUUGGGACUUCAAAACGAGUUUUUCUAGAAGCAACUUCUUAA